AUGCUAAACCAAAAUGGAAGCACCAGAAUAACAGAAUUCAUUCUCCUUGGACUCACGAAUCGUCCUGACCUCCAACAUAUCCUGUUUGUGGUUUUCCUUGGGAUCUACAUUGUCACCCUGUUAGGUAACAUUGGAAUGAUCAUGUUAAUCAAACUGGAGCCCCGCCUUCAUACCCCCAUGUACUUUUUUCUCACAAACUUGGCUUUUGUUGACUUGUGUUAUUCUACUAAUGCAACCCCCAAGUUGCUGGAAAACUUUUUAUCUGAAAGGAAGACAAUUUCCUUUGCUGCUUGCUUUGUUCAGUGUUACAUUUUCAUUGCAUUACUGCUCACUGAGUUUUACAUGUUGGCUGCCAUGGCCUAUGACCGAUAUGUAGCCAUUUGCAGCCCACUACACUAUAAUGUGAAGAUGUCCAGGAGAGUCUGCAUCUGCCUGGCUACUUUCCCCUAUGUCUAUGGCUUCUCUGAUGGUCUUCUGCAGUCCAUCCUGACAUUCCGCUUGUCCUUCUGUAGAUCUAAUGUCAUCAACCACUUCUACUGUGCUGAUCCACCUCUCAUCAAGCUGUCUUGCUCUGAUACCUAUAUCAAAGAAUAUGCCAUUCAAAAUGGGAGCACCAAAAUAACUGAAUUCAUUCUCCUUGGACUCACGAAUCGUCCUGACCUCCAACAUAUCCUGUUUGUGGUUUUCCUUGGAAUCUACAUUGUCACCCUGUUAGGUAACUUUAGAAUGAUCAUGUUAAUCAAACUGGAGCCCCGCCUUCAUACCCCCAUGUACUUUUUUCUCACAAACUUGGCUUUUGUUGACUUGUGUUAUUCUACUAAUGCAACCCCCAAGAUGCUGGCAAAUUUCUUAUCUGAAAAGAAGACCAUUUCCUUUGCUGCUUGCUUUGUUCAGUGUUACAUUUUCAUUGCAUUGCUACUCACUGAGUAUUACAUGUUGGCUGCCAUGGCCUAUGACCGAUAUGUUGCCAUUUGCAGCCCACUACACUAUAAUGUGAAGAUGUCCAGGAGAGUCUGCAUCUGCCUGGCUACUUUCCCCUAUGUCUAUGGCUUCUCUGAUGGUCUUCUGCAGUCCAUCCUGACAUUCCGCUUGUCCUUCUGUAGAUCUAAUGUCAUCAACCACUUCUACUGUGCUGAUCCACCUCUCAUCAAGCUGUCUUGCUCUGAUACCUAUGUCAAGGAACAUGCCAUGUUCAUUUCAGCUGGGUUCAACCUCUCCAACUCUCUGGCCAUCAUUCUUGUCUCCUAUGCCUUCAUCCUGGCAGCCAUUCUUCGCAUUCGCUCUGCUGAUGGAAGGAGAAAGGCCUUCUCCACCUGUGGCUCUCACAUGAUGGCUGUUACUUUGUUUUAUGGGACUCUCUUCUGCAUGUAUGUGAGACCACCUACUGAUAAAAGUGUUGAGGAAUCCAAAAUCAUAGCUGUGUUCUAUACUUUUGUGAGUCCUGUGCUGAACCCACUCAUCUAUAGUCUGAGAAACAGAGAUGUGAAAGUAGCUUUGAGGAAUGUGCUUAAGAGGAAUGUACUGAAGAAGAUGGUUUCAAAUAUAUCAUAA